GGUGAGAAUGUGUUAAUUUUAGCUUCUUUUAUUUACUUGUGUCCUAUAUAUCACCAUAGGUUUCAUAUAAUAGCAUUUCUGUCCUGUUUGCAACUUGCUUUUAGAGGUAUGAGUACAAAGCCAAUAAAAGAUCGUGUGAUAAUAAGUCAUUUUUUGCUGCCACCAAAGUCUUCGUCUGAUACCUUAAAGACAUGUGCAGUUGGUAGACCUUCAAAGUAUAAACAUUAUGAUGAUGACAGUUUAUAUGAAGCUUAUAAAGAAGUGGUGAGCAAAGGUGUGUCAAUCAGAAGAGCUGCAUUGGAAUAUGGUGUGCCUGCAUCUACUCUCACUGACCGAGUAUCUGGACGCAUUGCUUUUGGUAAAAAAAGUGGACCAAAGAAAUAUCUUACUGAUGAAGAGGAGAAAGAGCUGGUUUAUUUUGUAUCAGGAUGUGCAGAAGUGGGAUAUAGCUGUUCGAGGACAGAUGUAAUUCUUUUAGUUCAGGAAGUCCUUUAUCGUAAAGGAAUAAGGGACACAGUUGUAAGUCACGGUUGGUGGGAGUCUUUCAAAAGGAGACAUCCGGAAAUCACUCUCCGUAAACCAGAGCCUCUUUCUCAUGCUCGUCUUGCUGGUUCUCAUCCGGAUGUUUUGUCUCGCUAUUUUGAAGAAUUGGAAUCCACUUUAAGGGACAAUGAUAUAAUUGAUUCUCCUUCGGUCAUAUUUAAUAUUGAUGAAAGUGGAUUUCCAUUAGACCCCAAGUCUCCAUUAAUUUAGUUGUUUGUCGUCGUGGUCAACAGCAUCCCAGUUCUCUAUCAUCAGGAAAUAAGUCGCAGA